GCGUGACUUGGAACAUGUCUGCGGUGUGGACGUAUUUCACCAUAUCUGAGAAAAACCAACGGAUGGCGAUUUGCAAAGCGUGUAAUAAAAACAUUUCAAGGGGAGGCUUAUCUGCAAAGACUUUCUCCACGUCAGGAUUACUUUAUCACCUGAAAUCCAAACACCCCGAUUCUGAAUUUGACAAGAAAGCGACACCGAAAAGGAAAAUCCAUGCGAGGUCGCCCACUCCUGUUGCGGCGGACGUUUUUGAUAUGGAGUCUGCACAUCCUGUUGUCACAACUGGGAUGAAUGAGGAACAAAGGAAACACACAGAUGGGUCAAUGGUUGGCUGGUCCCCAAUCUGCCUGAAUGACGACGAUCCCAGUGCCACACAGAACCUGGAACUAAAUAUUAAAAGUGAACCAAAGAUGGACUCACAGUUUCGGAUUGGCUUCAUUGGUGCAGGGAACAUGGCUUUCGGCAUUGCGAAGGGCAUCUUGUCUGGUUGUGUUCUUCCUACAAAUGUCAAAGUGAGUGCACCAUCUCUCAGGAACCUAGGACGCUUUCAGACGCCAUAUUUAGCCAAAAAAGAGCUGAACAUCACUACUUCUCACUCCAACACAGAGGUUGUGUGCACUUCAGAUGUUAUCUUUGUAGCAGUCAAACCUCAUUUAGUUCCAAUUGUUCUCAAUGAGAUCUCGCAGCACGUCACUGACAAACACACAAUUGUGUCCGUUGCAGCAGGAGUCACCCUGGCAACACUAGAGGAGCUCCUGCCAGAGGGUUCAUGUGUCAUCAGACUGAUGCCAAAUCUUCCAUGUGUGGUUCUGGAAGGUGCACUCUUAUUUGCACGAGGGACUCAUGCUAAACAAGAGCAUGGUGCCCUAUUGUGCUCCUUGUUGCAGCACUGUGGUUUGGUAGAAGAGGGACCUGAGGCCUGGAUUGACGUCCAUACUGGACUCAGUGGGAGCGGAGUUGCGUUUGUAUACCUGUUUGCAGAAGCACUGGCAGAUGGAGCAGUUAAAAUGGGCAUGCCCAGCGCUCUAGCCCAAAGAAUUGCAUCUCAGACUGUUCUGGGUGCUGGUCAUUUAUUACGCGACUCCAAUAAGCAUCCAGCUCAGCUUCGUUCAGAGGUCUGCACCCCAGGUGGGACAACCAUCUAUGGGCUUCAUGCUCUGGAACAAGGAGGUGUGAGGGCAUCAACCAUUACUGCUGUGGAAUCUGCCACUGAGAGAGCAAGGGAGCUCGGUCGAAAGUCUGCAGCACCUGGAAGCAGAAAAUAAUAGCUGCUUGUUACGUUACCAUUUACAUAUCUGUAAAGUCUUAAUAGCAAGAAACUUUUUCUCUUUUAUGAAAUGAAAUAAAGUAUUUCUUUUGACUCCA